AUGGAUGCUGUGAAAAAGAAGGUUUCCAAGCUCCGCGAUGAGCUGUCCGAAGCUGAAGGAAAGGCAAAAGUAGCAGAAGAAGAAUUAGAAAAUGCAAAACAAAGAAAUGAGAAGGUAAACACCUACCGGCCUUAGCUUGCUCUAUUCCUCAGUAAGAGAUCGCGGUUUUUGUCGUAAAGCACUUUUGAGUUAAUUUUCAUUAAAAGAAACCAGCACUUAAGUAUUUUACGCAUCUAAGUUUUAUUAUGAUGGAACAAGUUUUCUAAGACUUUACUGUGUCGUUGUUAAUUUUGUGAUUUAGUGUUAUAAUAAUGAACUCUACGGCAAUUGACUGAGGUAUAUUUUGCAGGCCGAGAAAGAAAUGCGUGAAUUACAAACAGAGCUGCAAGAAGUAGAGGACGAGCUAGAUAAAGAGGAAUCAAUGUUAGCUGAAACUACAGUUCAGUUGGAGGAAAUUGAGAAGCAAGCGGAUGAGAACGAAAGGUACUGUUCACAUUUUAGACCGUGUUUGUGUAUUAAAAUCCCUAAAAUCUUAGUCUUGGUUUAUAGGUGUCCUCUAGCGGCUUACUUAAGAAGAGAUCUCUUGCUCAGCUAUGUUAUUUAUGAACAUCCAAGUAACAGUCGCAAAGUUUCACAAACAGUGUCGUGAUUCUGUAUUUGUAUAAAAUUAUAUUAAGUUUCAGGGCAUUUUUUUGAUUUUGCCGGACUGUUCUUUAUUCAGAGAAAUCCAUUAGCAUUGUCUGUCCUCUAACUCCAUUAUUCGAUUUGAAUUUAAUUUUAGGAAUCUUUUUUAAGAAAAUAUUUUGCUUUAACAACGUUUAAAGGCGCAUUUGCAGAACAGAAAUUUUAUUCAAAUUGUUUUGCAUUUCGUGACGGCCCAUUGGCUGCCCACGCGAUUACUUCUAAGUAUUUUAUGAACACGUCGGUGCGUUUUAAAUCAUUAUUAAUGAUUAAUUGUGAGUCAAUACUAAAAUUAAACUGUUAUUUAUGCCCAAGUUAAUAUGGAGCUUUCCUCUUUCAAAAACAAAUUUGUUUCAACAUCAUAAUUAUGUACUUUAAGGAAAGUAAUUAGAGUGACUUUUGUUCGUUUUAACUCGGCUCAACAGGGGACCUGUUAUUUCUGCAAAUUAAAUCUCAAGAUGGAGUUGACCUCUCCGAUUUUAUCAGCUGUAGGUAGACCUUCAACAGCCUACUGUUUUGGAACAUACAGUAUUUCGUUUACUUUACAUGCCUUUUGGUGUAUGAUUCAGCCAUCCUCCCUUUAUUACGUGCACUUGCAGCAGGACCGCAAGUUAGUGUCGUGGGUUUAAGAAGAAAUUCUUUGAAAAGCACAAAGUACUCUCCAAAAAAAUAACGUUUCUACCUGCCGACAAUAUGUCCUUGUAUUAAGAUCGGCUUUGGAAACCCGGUGCGGGAUGGAGGGGUGGGGGUGGGGGGGUUGGUGGGUUGCUCAACCAAUAUUUGGGUUUAGGUGAGCCGCUGAAGGUUUAAAACCCAGACCUUGUUUAGGACAAAAAACAGCCUAAAAUACAUACGGUAAAAUAUAAGCCCCCCAAACUCGUAGCGCAAGAAACCCUCCGUUAAAUCGCCCCUCCGAAUAUAAGCCCCGGGGGCUUGUACUUGGAAAUUGCCCUCAAAUACAAAGUAAAACAAAGCAAAUAUAAAUUUUUGUAUUUGCCAAAGAACUAUUACGUGUGCCAAAUGAUUGCAAUCAGAAAGUGUUACAGUUUAUUGCUGUUUGCGUAGUGCGUAGUUCAGUCUUCACUCUCGGCUUGGAUUUCCUGGGUCCAUAUCUGGACAAAGUACCUGCAUGGCUGCGUUUUUGAAAGGUCUACGUCCUCGAGGCGAGUUUCAGUAAAUCCUUUCUGUUAACUACUGACAUAAAUUUCCUUCCAACUAUAAGCUACUCCAAUCGCUUUUAAGACGCAAAUUUCCCUCCAAGUAUAAGCCUAAGCCGAUUUUAAAACGCAAUUUUCUCUUCGUGAACACAAGACUCUCCAAAAAUAAGCCUCUCAAAAAGGGCCUUUGAAAAAUAUAAGCCACGGGAGUUUACGGUAUAUGUCUGCGUGGUUGAAAUUUCAAAAUGUUCUUCACGUUUUGACCUAGAGGAAGCCAGUAGCAGUAGCAGUUUAAAUUCCAGCUCGUGACUUUUUUUUUGCUUUUUAAACUGCCUUGAGGCUGUUUUUAUUGCGACACGACUUGUUUUCUUGUCGGAAUUCAUCCUAAAAGGAACCCCUUUUUUCCCCAUUCUCUCCCUCCACGGGACAGGACGAAUAGAGACCCUCUUAUAUAACGACGCUAAUGAGCUCAUGAAUGAGCUCAUGCCGUUGUAAAGUGGUUGAAAAUGCCUACACUUUGGGUCCCAGAACCCCUGUUGUACGUUUCAAACAGUACGUUUUAAAUUUUAAGAGGACAAUCAUUGACUUCAGCCUGGCCGGCGUCAUGGUCAACUUGUCAAUAAGAAGGCACUAGGAAAGUUUUUUCAUUUGUCUCUUCAUGAUGAUCGAUCUGUGAGUUUAAACGGUUUGCGUUCUUAGCGGUUAGAAUCCUAAAUGUUUUUCUAUUUAUUCACUAGAGCGAGGAAAGUACUUGAAACAAGAGCAACAACAGAUGAAGAACGGGUAUUAAAGCCGCCUCUUUUUUCUGUUUUUCUGUCUUUCUGUCUUUCUUAUUUUUUUUGUUUUUUGUUUUUUUUUUUUGUUGGCGGGGAAAGAGGUUACCUUUGUGUAACGAGGGGCACGUAGAGAAGUCAUCGUUGUAGAUGAUAAAGGGAGGUUUGUCUAUAUUCAUAUUAUCAGGAUAGGUCGCCUGGUCGCUGUUGUUUCGUGGAAAAAGUCUUUGGACGCACGAAGGGCUCUCGUGCCCCUCGUGGGUUGUGGCGCGUGGAAGGGCUACAGGAGGGGGUUUUAGCCUGGGACCAGGCUCCGCAGUGGGGUAAAAAGGCAAAAAAAGGACACACGACAUGUCAUGUGCCUUUUACUUCUUCAGUACUGUCAGGUACUGUACUCUUGUCAUACGUUUGAUGCGAAUUUACGUGACCAAAACAGGAAUGAUGACUAUUUCGCGCUGUGUCAUGUCACGUCACGCAAAAGCAAUUGAUAGUUUGAGUAUCAGGUCGUUCUCCUUCGCUUCCCUUUACUCCUUUUCCCCUCAGAAACGCUGAUACUCAGGCUAUAAAUUCUCUUUUGCAGCAAACUCAGCUUGAAGCUAAACUAGCUGAAGAAAGAGACAGUCACGAGAAUGCUGAAGCAGAAAUUGAAGAGGUUAGAUGUCAACUUGUACUUCAGACCUUGUUUGAUUGUUUGAUGCAUUGUACUCCUAUUUUUAAGCUUCCCGGUUAAUAAGUUUAAAGAAACAUAACUCGGCAGAAGUUAACCAGCGAUCUAGGGUUUAGGCUACAAAACUGCCUGUAAUUUUGUCUGGAUAAAGAACGUGCACCCGAGCGGUCAAAUGAGGGUAAAAACGGAGAGUUAGACUGAAAAACGCGAAAAAGACGCCACGCACGCCAUGGUCAACGCGCUUCGUGCGCAAAUAUCACGUCGGCACCUCGCGCCUUGCAAAACCGAUUUUGAGCAAAAAAACGACUCUAUUGCAGUCUAUAAGGGGUUUUACGAGAGACGUUCACUACAGAGAUAAAGGGAGUUUAUUAUCUUAGGCCGAUAAAGGGAGUUUAUUAUCUUAGGCCAAGCAAAAAUACGUUUCAAUGAUGUUAAACGUUAAGACCUCAAUGAAAGAAGAUGUUUCUUCCAAUACGGUCAUUGUGUUAAGGUUUAUAGUACUGAAAUAGAAUUAAAAAAGAAGAAAAAGAUCUUGUGUUUCUUAAAGGACUUGGAGACUUCUUUCUCAAGUCUAGCCCUUACAUGAGUUCACCAUUAAGUGGGCUGGAUACUGUCAGAUAGCAUUAAAGAAAGCGAAGAAAAUUCCAAAACGUUGAGAGCAGAAGAGCCGGGAAAACUACAGGGGGUUUCGUAAAAAUAUCUUUCGUGAAAUGCUCUCUACACGGCAUGGGCGAAGGCCUGUUUUUGUUUUAAAGUAAACUCAAUAAAUCGGCCGGUCCCAAUGUAUAGGUCUUUUAGCUCAGUUGGUAGAGCUCUGCAGUGCUAACGUAGAGGAGGCCCUGAAUUUUUUUUUUUUUUUUUGGGGGAAAGGGGGGAGGGGUUAAUAUGCAAAUCGCCGCUGAAGGACGUUUCGUGAAACGUCCUUAAUCAUAAAGCCGUUUAAACUUUUUUUUUUGGGGGGCAGAUCACAUCAUCUUUAAUUUUAUUCCACAUUUUAAUUGCAAUUAAAAGCACUGAUGAUCAUAUCUUCUUUUUAAACUGCAUAAUUUUAUUUUAUUCCGAUCAUUUUCAACAUUUAUUUAGACAAUUUUCCUUUACAAUACACAGUUAAGUAAUCAGCUGUCUAAAGAAGAAGAAGAGCUUGACGAAUUGGAAACUAGAGCUGAAGACGCAGACGAGUGAGUUAUCAUCCUACACACCCAUAUUCCCAUCCCGGGGGUACUCCCAUACAUUACCUAUACGGGUAUGUGCCGCCCAUCGGGGUCGUGAUUUUGAAGCUCCUGAUUUAGAACGGGGUAUCCAUUUCACAGGCGUUUUCUAGAACAGGGUAUAAUAUUUCGAACGCACGAAAGCUCCAGUUUUGUAAGCAGCCAUUUGAAAUUAUUCAAGGACAGAUUGCUUUUAAAAAUACGGUUCAGUGCGUUAACAAGCAGACUGUUGUACUCUUGUUGCACCCUAGAACGGAGUAUAAAAAAUUGGCCCAUUCCUAGAACGGGGUAUCAGUUUUAGGGCGAAUUCUAGAACGGGGUAUAAAAAAUUGGCCCAUUUCUAGAAAGGGGUAUCAAUUUUAGGAGAAAUUUUUUUUAGAACGGGGUGCCAAUUCGGAGUCCCGGGCGGCACAUACCCACCCAAAAAAUACCCAAGUGCCCCCCCGGGAUUCCCAUCCUCCUCCUUAAGACCUUUCCCUUUUAUUAAAUCCUUGAAAAACUCUGUUGGCGAGGUUGCAAUAUACCGUUUUUGUUAGAAAAGUUAAGGCGGACAACGGUGCCAGGAGCUUACUGUAAGCAAAAACGACAGCGGCAAAAACGUCACUUGAAAAAUUAAUUUGUGUUCUUUUAAACGUUUUAUUCAAUACUCUUAAUUUGUCAAAUGUAGUCAACUUUCGUUGGUUGAUCUCUUAAACGCUGUGGUUAUCUUUGAAAAGAGAAAGGGAAUUCGUCUUUGUUUUGUUCACGUCCCCCAUAAAAAGUCGCUUUUGGAAGUUUUAGGAGGUGGUCGUGCAGUGAACAUCAAAUACCAAAAACUGAAGCAUGAUGUACUUGUAGAGGUGAUGUUUUGCUCAUAAAAUCAAUUGCUUUGUCGUUCUCGGCUUCUCACUGCCGCUGUUGUGGUGGUUUCUUAUUAAGCUCAAUAGUUAGAUCCAGACGGCGGCUGGGGAUUUUCCCGGUUUGAGUAGAAUGCCAUGCUAGUUAACUUUGCCUCAGCAUUGUUGCGGUUUCAGGGGCAUUAUUAAAAAUAUUGCUACUCUACUCUUCAAUUGGUCGGGUCGCCGACCUUAGCGUUAUGUCGAAGGAAUCUUUUUAUGCACUAGCUUAGAGAGAGGUAAUAUGAAUAAAUUGGUCUAUUGAAUGUUUUUGUACAUGAACUUUUUCCUUAUCAUUAGGAGAGCGAAUGAACUGGAGGAAGAAGCAAAGCUGGUCGGAAACAACUUACGUUCCUUGGAAGUCGGCGUCCAAGAUGUAACUUAAGAAUAUGUUCUCUAUUUAAUACAUAGUUAAAAUCUUACAAAAUAAGUCGGUUUUAAUGGGAAAAGAGGAAAGAACAAAAUUUGCAUUCCAAGCACAUUUCAGUACUUUUCGCGGAGGAUCCGGGACAAACUUAAAUUUGAAAAUAGAUUAUCGUGUCACAAUUUCCUCAUAUGUUAACCUUCCUGGGAGCAAUACAUUAUACAUUUAAAGUUUGUCUACUUAUUAUAUUUUUUGUAGCCUGCGUAGCUUGUGGUUUUGUAUGUGCGUGAAUGAGCGGCAAAGUGUGGAGGAGAAUGGAGCUUAACGCGUGUUUCCAACUCCCCGCCACCCCCCCCCCCUUUCCCCCGCCAAACAAACUGCUGGCAAGGCAGGUUAUGAUUUUUGCAUUCAACGUCGUUGAAUGCUGAAAGAUCAUCAGGCACCAAGCUUAUAUCCUCGCAGAUGUGCUAUUAGGGAUCUUAAGCAAAGGCAUUUUUGAGAGACUCAGGUCAACCGGAAGUGCCUUGACGCAAAAGAUGUACUUGUUUGGUUUCUUUACACUUGUAGAGACAAUUUAACUGAAAAUUUGGGCAAAACCACUGCUCAGGAAUGUAAAAAGACCACUUCCGGUUGACGUGCGUCGCUCAAAAACGCUUUUGCUUAAGUUCCUUAGUAGGGAGUUUAACCAUCAACGUUUUUGAUCGACGAACGUUAACCGGGUGAGCGUUUUUCUCUUUUAAAAUGUCUUGAUGUUACCAAAUUUAUAUUACUAGGUGUCUUUACCUUUAUAGAGACGAUUUGCCCAAGAAUUUGUUCAAAAUCACGGCUCAAGAGUGCAAAAGAUCACUUCCGGUUGACGUCCAUCGCCCAAAAACGCUGGCAUAUAUUCACGGGCGAAGUAGUCUAACAUCGCUCCGGGUUAGCUGACUUUUUGGUCUCUGAUAGAAAAAAGGAGCUAGAAUUUUCCGAUCUUAUCAUAACAGUCGUAAGCAUGAUAAAAAAUUGUCUUCCUUUUUUUGCAGUCAAAGAAGCGUGUGCAGGACUUGGAAGAUAAAAUUGCACGUAUCAGUGAAGAAUAUGAAGAGGUAAUUUAAAGACUUUUGUUUGAUUAUGAUUGCUAACUUGUCGGCGUAGGCCUCCUCCACACUAACUUUCGGCUUCGUUGCUCGUGGCUUCGGCCUUUGGCCGAAUAUCUGUUGGCUGGCACAGACGCAUUCCCACACAUGCGAGAAACUAAACCUCUGGUACCCAGGGUACCCAACACGUAUCCUUAGUUUUUGAACCCGCAAUUUUUUUCUUGUUAUAGUUUCACGGAUAGUAAUCUUUCGUCCACAUGCGUGUUACACGUAUGGCAGAUGUACACGGUUACCGAAUCCUCAACUUUUGACACUUUUUGAAAACUCACUCCAGGGCGGAACGGAAAUCUUGGCGUAGUCUUGUGGGCGGAUAAAACCAAAAAUUUUGAGAACGAUGACGUCACAGUAUUCCAUACUGUACCUGUCCGGAUAAGAAUGUUUCACUGCUUUCUGUCUUUUUGUAAGACGUGUGGUUUGUCUCAAUUGUAUAGUGGUCCUUUGUCAGGUAAAACAUUCAAGCUUUUUAUAGAACACGACUUAAUCAAUGGGGCUAAAUGGAUUCAGAUUCACUCUCAGUUUUUCAUCACCAGGGGCAGCCAACGGGAAAUCUUUAGUGAAAGACCUAAAAACAACAACAAAGCAUGAAUAAAGCUUUCUGAGGCCAUUUUGACAUUUUGAGGAAACAGAUCCAUUGAGUGUCCCUGCAUCAUCAACAACAAGUAUGCUUGUCAUCGACCACCUGUAGAUUUGAAGGAUGAACUUCACUAACCAAAGAGAGCACCAAAUUUGCAGUGAACUGUACCUGUAACUAACAAAGUGUGGGAGGGAUUGCCGAUUAUGCCUAAGUUGCAAUUUUCCUCCAGGUUGCAUACGUCAUCAUAAUCUUAAUUUUGCAUUGCAGACAAUGAGUCGUGCUGAUGCAGCCGAAUCGAAAGUUAGUGAUCUGGAAAGGGAAGCUGACGCCUUAGACGGUAAGAGUUUGUUUACUUAAUUAGAACCGGUUUCCCAUUUACCCGUGCUUAGCAACAGCUCCAUAUUUGUUACCCUUCGCAACAGUUUCACAUUUUCCCGUCUCUGUCGCUGAACUGGCUCUGAAAGCCAGUUUUCCGCUAGUCUUUUUAUAUUUUCACAUUAUGCGACCAAUUUCCAUUAUGACGGAGAACCCAACACCUCGACGCUCUUAAUAUAGGGCGGCCUGGGGCCCAGUUUUUCGAACGACCAGGUCACUUGUAAAAGGACUAUUAAAUAAAACAAAUUUCAAAAUCAAAACCUGCCUAUCAGAACUCCCAAAACUGUCAAAAUCUCUUUUUGUAAAAUCUUAAGCACCAUGCAUAAAGUCUGCAAAUGAGGUUUCACUUGAAUGGUAAGAUUGUGGGAUUUUCCCUACAGAGUUGAAUGUUAGAGUAGUGACAAGCAAUCUCUCCCGGGGGCGGGGGGGUACUGCCAAAGACGCUGUAAACGCACAAGAAAGCCUGCACGCAGGCGAGUCCCUGUGUAACAAAAAAUAGUUGUAGGAAGGGUCAAAGAUUGAAAAAUGUUCGUUAUGAAAUUCUCAAUUCAAUUCAUUACAUUUCAGGGGCACUUGCUAAAAUCAAAGAUGAAUAUGACGCUGCGAAUGAAGAUUACAACGCAACUAUACAAGAGUUUGAAGAGAUGUAA